UGUGCGUGUGUGUGUAUGAGUGCCAGGGCAAACGACUCGCUUGUAUUUUUUCGUGUGUCGCCUUCGUCGUCUCCGUUAAAGUUUUUCUUUGCCUCAACGCAAUCUUAACAAAUUUUUAAACGUAUUGUGUUUGUUUUAAACGGUUCUCAUUGUCUUUAUUGCCAAACAUUUGCCUAAAGCCAGCGCGCUGCUAGUACUUAUCUAAAGCGCCAGACGUGCGUGCCCGUACACUCGAACAAAGCGCGGCUGAGAAAAAAAAAUAAAAAAAAGAAACCGAAAAUCAUUAAACAAUACAUAAUUGCAAAAAAAAAAAAAAGAAAAAUUGCCAAACGGCCACUAUGGCCCUGGCUUGAGCCGUUAAGAAAUGCAUAAAACGAAUUGUGUCCAAUAUUGCGUAAAUCUGGCAAUUUAAGCAAAAGUCAAGUGCAAGCAGCAGCAGCAGCAGCGGAGCAGUCUGGCCACACUGUGACUCCCAAAUCCGCCAAGCAGCCGCAGCGCCCGCGCCUUGCUGGAAACGCCGACAACGCCUGAGCGCGCGCCUUAAAUACGAAAAACAAAACACAACAGAGAUAAGAGAGAAGAAGCAGCAGCAGUAGCAGCAGUAGCAACAGGAACGAGAGUGCAAGUUGUUUAUUGCAAACGGACAAAAGGACAGCGCAAGGCAACGUUGUGCGAGGCCAUACGCACACGCACACGCGCACGCAAACAUAUUGACACACACAUAGAUUUAUAUACAUAUACAUAUAUAUAUAUAUAUAUAUAUAUAUAUAAGGACAGACACAAAUAUGGAACUGCGCGUUGGGAACAAAUAUCGGCUGGGCCGCAAAAUUGGCUCCGGCUCGUUCGGCGACAUCUAUUUGGGCACAACAAUCAAUACGGGCGAGGAGGUGGCCAUCAAAUUGGAAUGCAUACGCACCAAACAUCCACAGCUGCACAUCGAAUCGAAAUUUUAUAAGACAAUGCAGGGCGGCAUUGGUAUACCCCGGAUUAUUUGGUGCGGCAGCGAGGGUGAUUACAAUGUGAUGGUGAUGGAGCUGCUUGGACCAUCGCUGGAGGAUCUGUUCAAUUUUUGUUCGCGCCGCUUCUCAUUGAAAACCGUGCUGCUGCUGGCGGAUCAAAUGAUAUCGCGCAUCGAUUAUAUACACUCGCGCGAUUUCAUACAUCGCGACAUCAAGCCGGACAACUUUCUGAUGGGUCUCGGCAAGAAGGGCAAUCUGGUGUACAUAAUUGAUUUUGGUUUGGCCAAAAAGUUCCGGGACGCACGCUCCUUAAAGCACAUAGCAUAUCGGGAAAACAAAAAUCUGACAGGCACCGCACGCUACGCCUCGAUCAAUACACAUCUGGGCAUUGAGCAGUCGCGACGUGACGAUCUGGAAUCGCUUGGGUAUGUGCUCAUGUACUUCAACUUGGGCGCCUUGCCCUGGCAGGGACUGAAGGCGGCCAAUAAGCGACAGAAAUACGAGCGCAUAUCCGAAAAGAAACUAUCCACAUCGAUUGUUGUUCUCUGCAAGGGCUUCCCCAGCGAAUUUGUCAAUUAUCUGAAUUUCUGCCGACAGAUGCACUUUGACCAGCGUCCCGAUUACUGCCAUUUGCGUAAAUUGUUCCGCAAUCUAUUCCAUCGCCUUGGCUUCACCUAUGACUAUGUGUUCGACUGGAAUUUGCUCAAGUUUGGCGGACCGCGCAAUCCGCAGGCCAUCCAGCAGGCGCAGGAUGGCACCGAUGGCCAAGGCCAGGGCCAGGAUGCCGCAGCGGCAGCAGUGGCCGCCGCCGCCGCCGCCAACCAUCAGCAGCAACAGCACAAGGUUAACACAGCAAUGGCCACUGCCGGUGGCAGCACACAACAGAUGUUGAGCAGCAAUUCGGCUGCUGGACAAACGCUUGCCAUGCUCGGCGGCGGCGGCAUUGUCGGCGCCGGCGGCGGCGGCGGCGGUGGCAAUGGCGGUGCUGGUGCGCAGCUAAUUGGCAACGGUGGACUCAAUAUGGAUGACUCAAUGGCCGCCACAAAUUCAUCGCGACAGCCCUACGAUACGCCCGAGCGACGUCCAUCGAUACGGAUGCGCCAGGGUGGCGGCCUGCAGGCUGGCGGUGUUGUGGGUGAUUUGAUAAACAAUUGCAAGUCGGCCGCAAAAAGGCGAAAGUAUGCACUACUUUUAGCAUCAGCUCCAUCUGCAAGAUACCGUUAUUCGUAAACUGUAAAAGCAAAGAGACAGGAUGACAAAAUUGAUAGGACGAAAGAGAGACAGAGAAAGAGAGAGAGAGAGAGUGUGUGUGAGACAGUGGGCGAAAGAGGGCGAGAGAGCAAGCAAGCGUGGCUCUUUAAGAAGAUAACAAUACGAAAUAACACACUCGCACACAAAGCUCUGCACUAACACACACACACACACAUGCAUACACACAUACAUACACACACACUCACUCACUGCCUCUCUUAUCCACUCGCUAGCUACUUCUGUGUGUUUUGCAUUUACACUGUUGUGCGGGAACAGGAUAAACAAAAUAUUUGGUUAAAUGCAUUUUUUUUUCUUCUGUUUGAUUUUGUGCUCUGUGCUAACUAUAAAACAACAUCAGCAACAACAACAGCGACAACAGCGACAACAAAUAAGAAACUUAUCAACAGACUCAACUGAACAAAGGGCAUACAAUUUAUAUUAAAUGAAGGGCAUAUAAUCUAAUAUUUAAAUAUUAACAAAUAUUUUGAAUAUAAGUUGUAAGCUUGAGAGUGUAAAGGAAACAAACAAAGGACACAAUAUUCGCCAGUGUCCCUAACUUUUAGUCUAGAAACUUAGCAUUAAUCUAAACAUAUAUAUAUAUAUAUAUAUAUGAAUAUAUAUAUACAACAAAUGCAUAUAACUAACAAUUCGUAAAACAAACAAAAAGUAAGCAAAAACAAAAAUGAUAAGCAGAAAUGAACGCGUUUUGUGCACCCCAACCACCCACAUUAUUAAAUUUAAGUGUACAAUUCAUGAUGAAAACAUUUUGAAAGCAGCCUAGCAAGUAAUUUCCCCCUUUCCCCUGCCCCGAAACCCGCGUAGCUUUAAGCAACUCUCUAAUUUGUAAAGCCUCGAUGUUAAACAACAGGAAUUCAUAAUCUAUAAAUCUAUUAAUAAUUCAAUAACCCAUUUUUGUUCUCUUUUGUUUAUCAUCUUUAAUAUAAUAUAUGUAUGUGUUCAAUAUUAUUUGCGAGCUCUGUUUCAGUGUAUUUCUCAGUAAUCUAACUAAAUGAAGAAAGAAACGGCAAAAAUCGUGUAACUAAUAACUUAAUACAAAUCAUAAUUACCCACACACACACACACACACACACACAUACACACACUAUAUAAAAAAUAUGUACUUUGCAUUAUAUAUAUAUAUAUAUAUAUUAUAUAUUUUCAAUUAGUUUGUAAAGUCGUUAAGGGGCGUGAGCUGCGAGCACGCAUUAAAAUUAUAACGCUAGCUAAUAAAUUGUAGCUAUAAUAUGAAA